AUGAAGUUCAUCGUCGUACUAGGAGCUUUGGUGGUCUUGGCGAGUGGACGUGCCAUCGAAGCCAAUACCAACUCUCGGGACAUCGCAGUGGCAUGUAUGCCUCUGCCCAACUCAAAAACAUGCAACAACCUCAUAUCGAGCCGUGACAAGGUCACCAGUCUUGAAACACGUCUCAUGGCCCGCACAGAGGAUGAUGAUGACUGGAGAGACCCUGAGAAUGACUCAGAGGACGCAUUCGUGCGGUACCAGAAUGAAAACCGUCGGAAUCAAAUCCCGCUCUUCCUCAUGUCCACCAGCCGGUACAGACAAGACGCUAAUAACGGCAUCCUUUACCGUGGCUACGACAUCUUUCGUGCUCUGCAAGCCGCGCGUCGAGUCUUUAUGCUCAUCGCACCUGACCAUAACAACCCAUACGCCGACACUAGAGAGUUUCCGGAUUAUGACGGGUAUCCGUACCCGCACGAACUUCGUAUAUCCGACUAUCGCAUGGACACAUACGAAGUUAGUUCCGGCGCCGGAAAUUGGGACGAGCCUAUCUACGAGUUCCCCGUAUUAUCUGGGCGGCCGUGGGAGUCGGGUAUGAACCCCGGUUUCACACGUGUGCUUUUUAAUGAACAGGGCUUGUACAUGGGCACCGCAUCCUCUGUCGAUGAGCCGGAGAAUCGAAUGCACUGGUGUCCUGAAGUGAGGCUCGAUGGCGAAGAGGUCCUCAGACACGAUCCCGUGUAUCCGGGUGUGGAUAUUAGUGUCAACUAUUAUCAGCCGUAUGUCUUCAUGCUGAGCUGGGUGCUCGCACUACAGGUGCCAGGAUAUGCUAGGCAGGGUUGGCCUGGGGGUAGCGAUCCGAUUUGA